CGAUGGCCGGUUGGAAGCCCCGUUGAGAAAGAAAAGACAGAAAAAAAAGUGAAAAAAGGCAGACCGUGGAAGAGGAAAAAGGGGGAGGUAGAGAGGGACCGAGGAGAGAAAAUGAGGGGGUGUAGAGGAGGAGGAGGAGAGUCUGAGAAAAGAAAUAAAUGUGGUGAGAACUGAAGACAGCGCCAGCACACAGUGUGAGAAGCCAGAGCACGAAAGGACAAACAGGCAGCGAGAGAGAUUCAUCAGCAUCAACCAGAGAUGACGUCACUGUGCAGGAACCUGGCAGCACUUCUCUUUUUGCUCUCACGUCUCAUGCACUCCCACCUCUUCACUCAUGCGGCCUCUACUGCCUCACCCAUCACCCGUCCACGGAUCAUAUACAUGAAUGGGUUGGGCUCAGUUGAAGAUGACUACGAUGAAGACGAUCCUGACUACCCCAGCUCUCCUCCUGAGCUGGUGUCUUCUGUGAAGACUCCCCUUCUCCGCCGGGAUCCUCAGCCCUGCAAGUACGACCCCUGCUUGGAGAAUCAGGAGCCCUGUGCCCAACUUUCGAAGGAGACCGGCUGCGUCUGUCCGGGGAUGAGUGGAGCUGAUAAGCUGCCUCACGCACCAGUCAUCCAAGCGCUGCUGCCAGUCAGUGAAGGGGAAGACAGGGGGAAGAUAGAAGUGCAGUGGUGUGCUCCAUCUUCUGUGGUUUCUUUGUACAGAGUAACGGUUGAGGGGAGCGACGGUGAAACCCUGGAGUUUGGGGAUAAUUCACGACGGGGUGUGGUGGGAUCUCUGGAGGUGGGGACAAAGGUGUGUGUGGAGGCAGUGAACCCUGCAGGGCAAAGCGCCCCGUCAGAGUUCUCAUGCAAGCGUUACUCUGCUCCUCAGUCCUCCGAUUUUAGCCCGUUUGUAUUGCUCUUAGGAGGAGGGGUUCUCCUGCUUCUGCUUCUUGUCAUAGUAGCUGUGAUUCUCUGGCGAUAUAAGAAGUGUCAAAAGGCAAAGAGAGACUCUACUGAUGGACUCGGCAACCCUUCUUACAGUAGAGGGGGGACAUUAUGAUCCAGCAAGGACAAUCCAUCCCAGUCACACUGAUCAGGCUCUAUCCUGUUUGAAAAGUGGCACAGCAACAGUGUGACCUUGAACUGAAGCAGAACAGCUUUGACUGAUGUUGUAAAUGAUUAGGCUUAAAGACUUAAGAGAUUAAACUCCUGAUUCAAGAAACCUCUAAACGCAGUGGUAAUAUCAAUAGUUGGAUGAUCGUGGAUGAAUAACCCUAAGAAAUGGUUAAUAAUGUUAUUUAGGAGUUAGAACUUCAGGUUUAUUUGCUGGCGAAUUAACCUCUGUAGGUGUAUUAUUGUGUUGUUGUUGUUUUCUUAUUUUAUCAAAUAUAACUGUAAAUAUUAUUUUUUUAAUAUAGUUGCUGACUAAAAAAUGUGUAAUAAAAAAUAUUUUUUGAAAACUG